AACCAAUCCAAACUCUGGACAGGAGUCCAUUGACAUUUCUCAACAUUUGGUACCAAACCUGCUUCAAAGCUGCAUUGCUGACUGGCCGAUACCAGAUGCGUUCUGGAAUUUACCCGGGUGUCUUCAAUGUUAAAAUGUCUGGAGGUCUUCCACUCAAUGAGGUUACUAUAGCCGAAAUGUUAAAACCGGAAGGGUACAGAUCAGCAGCAAUAGGAAAGUGGCAUCUCGGACUCGGAAACAACUCGAUGUAUCUUCCACCUAGUCAUGGAUUCGAUAUCUCAUUGGGAUUGCCAGCUUCUCCUGCUCAGUGCCGUUGCUCUAUUUGCUUUUAUCCGAAUGUAACCUGUCAUUCGGCGCCUUGUGCCGCCACUGAAUAUACACCUUGUGCACUAUUCAAUGGUACUAAAAUAGUUGAACAACCAGUUGAUCUGCUGACAUUGGAUGAAAAAUAUGUGGCGGAGGGUAGGCAUUUCAUCGGAGAGAAUGUCAAGUCUGAGACACCCUUUUUCCUGUACUAUGCUUCACAUCAUACACAUAAACCUCAGUAUGCUGGAAAGGAAACAUCAGGUACAUCAUUAAGGGGACGAUUUGGAGACUCACUAGCUGCUUUGGAUUGGGAGGUUGGGCAGAUCUACCAAGAACUGGAGGAAAACGGCAUCUUGGAUGAUACGUUCUUCUUCUUUUCUGCUGACAAUGGACCAGCUCUUUAUUUAAAAACAUUCGGAGGAAACGCAGGACUAAUGAAGUGUGGAAAGGGAACAACGUAUGAGGGUGGCAUGAGGGUACCAGCCAUCAUACAUUGGCCAGGACGAAUCACACCGGGUAGAUCGUUUGAAUUCUCCAGCACCCUUGAUAUACUUCCAACUAUCGCCUCCAUAACCAAAGCUAAGCUACCAGCUGUUACUCUGGAUGGUUAUGAUAUGUCAUCAUUUCUGUUUGAUGGCAUGCACAGUAUUAGAGAAUCUUUUUUCUAUUAUCCCCCGACUGUGAGCACUAAAUACAAAUCAUAUGCAGUAAGGUACAGGCAGUACAAAGUCGUAUUUUAUACCGAAGGAUCUUAUCUCUCCAAUAAUAAGAACAAGGAUGUUGACUGUCGAGAAUCUGCCAAACUUACCUAUCACGAUCCCCCCAUGCUGUUUGAUCUUGAGCAAGACCCAUCGGAGAAUUACAACCUGUCGAUCAAACUUUCUCCUGAAAAAGACAUCGUCCAAAAGGUUACAGAGAUGAGAACAGACUUUGAUGCUAGAAUGGUAUUUGCAGAGUCUCAAAUGCGGAGGCCAAAGGAUGAUAAUCUGAUGCCGUGUUGCAAUCGAGGGUGUAUCCCUUUCCCAACAUGCUGUCACUGUACUGGUAACACUCCUCGUGAAGGACGAUGGGCGACACUUUAUCCAGUUUGAUGGCAUCAAGGAAAUCCUAACACCCCCCCCCCUCCGAAAACAAAAUGUCUUAAUAAUGUCUUAGGAAAUUUGUGUUCUGCUCUGUUUACUUUCAAAGUCAACACAGUGUCUGCUUUCAGAAUCAUCUAACGAAAUAGUGCACAUUUUCAGAAUAUUUAGAUUUGAUUCUGGUCACACUAGCGAACUUGAAUACAAUUAUAAUAAUAAUGUAUUGCAUUCUCUCCAAGUUCAGGUGUUCCAUUUUGAAUCGGUCGAAUUCCAAGACUAUUUAUUUUGACCAUUUACAAAUGAAAAAGAGGCAAUAAGAGGUAUAUUGCACAUUACUGUUUAUUGGUUAGCCUACAUGUUGUAUACUUCAAUUAAGGAAGUAUAGGGAGAUAUAAAAUGUUACCAUAUAUUAUAAAUAUACGAUAUGGCAAUAAUUGUCUACUUUCGACAAACUCACUGAAAUAACGUCAAUGCUAUUACGUUAAGCUUAUACGUAAACAUGUGUUGAUAUAAAUGUUUUAAAUAAAUGUAUGUUAUAAAAAGUAUACAAUUUUCUUUUUCUUUUCUAGUAGGCCUAUAUAUUUCAACUAAUUGUUUAAAGGAGAAAGCAAUCCCAGCAAAAUAGUUGAUUAGGAUAAAAGGAGAACUAUAUAUCAAACAAAUAUUAUACUAAAAACUUGUACAAUAAGAAAGUUAUAAUAUUAAGUUUCGUAGUUUUCACAAACGGUUAUAAAGGAUAUGCAUAUAAGAGAUUCGAUGGUGUCAUACAUUCAUGAUUUCAUUUUGUUUAUUUUAUGAAAUAUUUUGUUUUCUUUUAGAUUCAAUGUAAAAUAUUGUUCGAGUUCUCCUGAACUCAAACGAAUUUAGCGCAGUUGUUACUUAUUGUGAUUUAUUCCAAGGGGUUCUUAUUGUGAAAUCUGAAAAAAUAUGAUAUUUAUUUAAUGAAUGUUAAACAAUUGCAAAAUCAGUAGAUGGACUGCGGCAUCAUAGGCUCUUCCAUUUGCAUAUCAUCGGUGUUUUGCAUAGCUCUGUUUGAAAGAACCGACCCUUUGAAAAUGUGAUAACUUUCGUAUUUUAAUUUCAAUAUUAAUGGUAUUUUUAGCAUAUUGUUUCGUUUGAUUUGCCUCUUUUAUAUCCAAACAUACUUUUAGACUCUCCCAUUAAACAGUUUUUUUUUAUUAUUUCAUAAUUUUAAUUUGACCCGAUUGAUCGUGAGCCCGGCAACCAUUGUGCAGCGCCGGGUCGACGAGGCUCUAUCCCUUAAAUUUUGAACGCAUUAGAGUAACUGCAACUCCCAUCUUUUUACGUCUUUUGGUCUGACGCGGCCAAGGUUUGAACUCCCGACCUCCAGGUUGUGAGACGGACGCUCUACCAACUAAGCCAACACUCUACAAAAAGAAAUGUUAACUAAACAUUUGAAAGGUUGGAGGAGUGACAACAUUUUCUAAAUGUUGCAUUUACCACUUUAAAUGGUUCUACCCAACACUUAAAAUGUUGGAUUCAGCUUUAUACAAGGUUGGAUGUAACAUUUGGAAAAGGUUGUCACUCCUCCAACCUUUCAAAUGUUGAUUUAACAUUCGAAUUUUUAGAGUGAACACACCGGUUAAAAUAUCAGUAAAUGAGAGAUCAAGAAUAUGCACAAUCCAAUGUGUUUUGCUUUUAUGUCUAGAUGAAUUGUAGCCCCAUGUGGCACGUUCUUCUUAUUUCAAUUUUUAUUUCAUAUUUUUAUGGUAUUGUUUGUAUCUCAACAGUUUGCAUUUGCCUAUAUUUUUGUGUAGAGAUAUUGAAUAAAAAUUAUAUCUGAAACUAAA